GGCGGGCCCGGCGCCCAGAGCUUUCUGGGUAAGGCCCAAGAUGGUUGCGUCCACGUAAUACCCUGUAAAGCCAACGCGGAGGGUUCCUGUCAUCUUGAAGGCCACGUCUGGCUAGUGCGUUGUGCCCUUGUAGGGGAGAGACUGUAACAAUGGCAGGGAGCCUCGUUGGGGGCGCAGGCAGGCGUCUAUGGGGCUGGGUGCUCCCAGCCUGCAGAAGCUUCUCUCUGGGUGUUCCUGGAUUGUUACAUGUAAGGCUCACCCUCCCGCCCCCCAAAGUGGUUGAUCGUUGGAACGAGAAGAGGGCCAUGUUCGGGGUGUAUGAUAACAUCGGGAUCUUGGGGAAUUUUGAAAAGCACCCCAAAGAACUAAUCAAGGGCCCCAGAUGGCUUCGAGGUUGGAAGGGGAAUGAAUUGCAGCGUUGUAUCCGGAAGAAGAAAAUGGUUGGAAAUCGAAUGUUCUUUGAUGACCUGCAUAACCUUAACAAACGGAUCAGCUAUCUCUAUAAACACUUUAACCGACAUGGAAAGUACCGGUAGAAGAGAAAGCUGGGGACUGUGAAAGAGGCACAUCUAUCUAUCACUCGGGAAAAGGGCAACAGGACUUUUCCUUCUGAAGAAAGGGAUUUGUAUGUUCUCCGUAAUAAAAUGAGGCUUCUUUGGAAUUUGUUAGCCACACACUGUUUUCCUCUAGAUGCUACUUUUAUUCAUUCAAGUAUACAUCUGACUCAUCCCUAAGACUUACAGUCUUUGGACUUCACCACUUGCCCUUUGCAGUCUAACCAUACCUAUGGCCUUUAAAAAAGAAAAAAUUAUUAUUGGCACUUUUUGACAUUUGGGUUUCAUGUAUUGAAAGUGGUAAUUUUUAACUGGCCCAUAAUGCUAAAUGUUAAGUGUAUUUUAAAACCUUCCACACUGGAAUGAAAUGUACGAGAAAAAUGGAAUUAUACUUCUGUACUAUUCUCAUCAAAAAAUGUUUAUUGGGUACCUUUUCAGAGCUGAGAACUAGAAAAAAGGAAGUAUAAUAUAUCCCCUCCAACAUCCCCAUGUGCUUUUCUAGUUAGGGAUAUAAAUAUAUAGUCUCAUAUGUAUACUUUAAUAUGAGGCAUUAAUUGAUAUGAGCCAUAUGAGUAGUUUGCAUGGGUGGUUCCUAAAGCUGACUGAUCAUCAGAAUCAUCUCAGUAGUUUAACAAUUUCAAAAGCCUGGUCCCUACCCCCAAAGAUCUGUGAUCUGAGUCUCGUGCAUCUAUAUGUGUGUGUGUUAAUAAUUACAAAAAAUACAUACAUAAAAUGCAAAUUUAAAAGUUAAAAAGGUAAUCAGAUGAAAUCAGUUUUCUCACAGCCUGUUUUUUUGGAUUCCUUCACAGAGACAACCACUUAGAAGAUACUUUUCAUUCCUUCUGAACAUAUACUGUGCAUGUAAAAGUUUUUAUUAUAAACUAUGUAGUUCCUUUAAAAAAUUGGAUUCUAUGCA